AUGGCAAGCAAGCCCAGGGUCCUCCUUUUGGGCGAAAUCGAACACGCCCACACCGCCUGGUCCCAAAUCGCAUCCGUCGCCACCGUCCUCACCCCCAAAGCCACCAGCCGAACAGCCUUCAUCGCCGAAUGCAAAGCCGGCGCCUUCGAUGGCGUCAGCGUCGCCUACCGGACCUUUGACUCCUUCGCCAUAACCGGCAGAAUCGACGACGAGCUCUGCGACGCGUUCCCCAAAACCCUCAAGUUUAUAUGCCACAACGGCGCCGGCUACGACCAAGUCGACAUCCAAGCAUGCACGUCGCGCUCCAUCCGCGUCUCCAACACGCCCACAGCCGUCGACGAAGCCACAGCCGACAUAACAAUCUGGCUGCUCAUCGGCGCCCUACGCAACUUCCCCGUCGGCAUGUCGGCCCUCCGAGCCGGCGACUGGCGCGGCAACCCCCCGCCAAAGCUAGGCCACGACCCGCAGGGCAAGGUCCUCGGCAUCCUGGGCAUGGGCGGCAUCGGGAGGAACGUGGCGGCCAAGGCUCGCGCGUUCGGGAUGAAAAUCCGCUACCACAACAGGAACAGGUUGCCCGCAGACCUGGAGGACGGCGCCGAGCUCGUCCCCUUUGAGAAGUUGCUGGCCGAGAGCGACGUCUUGAGCCUCAAUCUUCCCCUGAACCCUCACACCCGGCACAUCAUCUCCACCGACCAAUUCGCCCUCAUGAAGCCCGGCAUCGUGAUCGUCAACACGGCCCGCGGGGCGGUCAUGGACGAGGACGCACUCGUCAAGGCUUUGGACUCGGGCAAAGUCGCCAGCGUAGGCUUAGACGUGUACGGGGAAGAGCCCAAGGUUCACCCCGGUCUGAUUGCCAAUCCAAACGUGCUUCUCGUCCCGCACAUGGGAACGUGGACUGUCGAGACGCAGAUCAAGAUGGAGGAGUGGGCUAUUGACAAUGUCAGGCUGGCGCUUGAACAGGCCAAAUUGAAGAGUAUUGUCCCCGAGCAGAAGGACAUGGCCUGA